GACGCGAAGGCUAGAGACAGGACGGGAAGGUGGACGCGCUGGCCAUUCCUUCUCGUCUUCUCACUUCUGAUCGCAAUUAUUUCAGGGCUAGCAGGUGGCUUCAUUGGGAAAGCCAUGCAGACUACUUCGAACAAAACAGGAGCCGCAAACAUUGCCAAUCCCAAUUCUAGUCCAGCUGAAACAUCAUGUGCACCCCCACCCCCACCAGAAAACACCACCGAAACCCUCAGCCCUAGUCCACAGCAAAACACCACCACCCUCCUUGCAAUCCCUACAACUGGCUGCCCUACCUCCAACAAUCAAACACUCUUCUCCACCAUAACCACAGUCUCCUACACCCUUCACUGCGCUAUUGACUGGACCGGCUCCGACCUCGUCGCUGCCCUCACACCCACCCUGUCCUCCUGCAUAGAAGCCUGCCAUACUGUAAACCAAUACAAUGCUACGGAUGGGAAGCUUUGUGUAGGAGCCUCGUUCGUGCCUUCGUGGGUCAAUGCCUCCUUAGCGCUGCUAGAAUCUGCGAGGCCGAGUAAUUGUUUUUUAAAGUAUAAGGCUGACGCUGGGGGAUGGGCGGCGAAUAAGAGGGGGGUAGAGGUUGUGGCGAUUUGUUUGGAGGGGAGGUGUCCCAAAGGCUGGGGGUAA